UCUCGUGGCCGUGCUCUCUCUCCCAAAUGUCCGGUGAAAAAACCACCUUCGUGUUCGAAUUCCUCCGCCCAUCCUUUUCCCAUUCCCACAACAUUUAUUAACCCAAAACAACAGAGCGACACAAGCGAAGUAAUGGAGAUCCUAUGCUUCCCAACCGCUCGAUUCUCUCCCCGCCACCCAAUCAAGCCCCCAACGCUCUGCAGCCCCGCCACCGUCCUCUCCAUCCGUUGCGCACAAGUAGCAACAGCUCCCAUGGGGGAGAAAACACAGUACAAAGACGGAUUUUUUGAGAAGGCUUUCAUGGGCCUCUUUUCUCGGAAGAUGCAGAAGUACGCUUCUGGAGGAAUAAAAACCAAUCGACAGCUUUGGGAGUGGGACUACGACAGCUUCGUGGACGUCUCCAAAAGAGUUAUGAUGGGGCGGUCGCGCCAGCAACAACAGGAGGUGGUCAGAGAAGUUCUCCUCUCCAUGCUGCCUCCCGGAGCUCCAGCUCAGUUUCGGAAGCUGUUUCCUCCUACAAAAUGGGCUGCUGAGUUUAAUGCGGCGUUAACGGUGCCCUUCUUCCACUGGUUAGUUGGCCCAUCAGAGGUUAUUGAAGUGGAGGUAGAUGGCAUGAAGCAAAGAAGUGGUGUGCAUAUAAAGAAGUGCAGAUAUUUAGAGAACAGUGGAUGUGUGGGAAUGUGUGUGAACAUGUGCAAGAUUCCAACACAAGAUUUCUUUACAAAUGAAUUUGGGCUUCCACUGACAAUGAAUCCAAAUUUUGAAGAUAUGAGUUGUGAUAUGCUGUAUGGUCAAACACCUCCGCCAUUUGAGGAAGAUCCUGUGUCAAAGCAGCCUUGUUUUGCCAGCAUCUGUAUGCCAAAUUACAAAUACUUAUUAGGUUCUUUGGCUAAUCCCAGCACCCCAGUUUGCCAUAAAUUAUACAAUUGAAGUACAUUGAGCUCUUAAAACACCCAAGAUAUGGUGAAGGGAAAAGCAAAAGAAAAAAUCAUCAUUGAAUUACAUUUCAUAAUUAGUUUAAUUUGAGAAGACCCAGAAUUAGCUCACCCUGAGUUCAGAUCGGCUCAAAUAAUCCGAUUAUUUGUGCUGAGCUAAAUCUGGGUUUAUAGGCUAGCUCGAUCCGAGUCAAAUGCCAGUUUGAUUUUGAUCAAUUUUCACUUCUCUAAUACAUAAUCUUGAUGCAACAUUGGUCCAUGUAAAUGUAUAUUCUUUAUGUAUUUAUGAAGAGAAUUUGUGUACUGUUCACACGCUGA